CAAAUGACGCAUUUGGGCUCAAUGUAAAUGUAAUAUAAGAUUCGUCAAUGGCACCGGGAGCAAAAGUUUAGCUGAGCAGUAAAAUUAAAAUACUUGCGGAGGAUCUAUAAAAGAUGGUGAAGGAUGGAAGAGAGCGUGGGUAAAUAUGAGGAGCAAGGCCAAACAAAAAUCCCAAGAUUUGAGAAAUGCUAUGGAGCGAAGCGAUGUAAAUUCAUCAAUUAAAGAAAAGCAUCUCAGUAACCUCGACGAGCGCAUCAUUGGCGGGAUGACCACAGUGGCAGUGGUCGGUCAAAGAGAAGUUAGCGAGCCACUGAGAAGUUCCGGCGCAGUAACUAGCGUGGAAUUAUUUGACGCCCCUGUGGACCACUUUGAGAUAGAGUUUCUUGAAGGAGGCGAUGAGGAACCGCAAAUGACACCGGAUAUGAUUCCUCAGGAUCCACUUCCACCACAACGUCGGGCUCCCAAACGCAAAAAUUACUCUUUAGAAGAACGCAGAGUCGUCUUGGCGGAAAGAAAAAUUGCGGCGCUGGAGAAAAGAAACUCUAUAGAAGAGAGAAAGGCCGACGUAUUGUCCAAUAUCUUAAAUAAAUUGGAUUUACUUCUACAAAGGUGAUUGGUCUCGGAGUGAUCGUAGAAAUAUAGAUAUUUGAGCUUUACGGUAUGUUGCCAAUGAAUUCUGAACGGUACUCAGACGUUUAUAUUUUGACGUUAAACUGAUUUUUUGAACUUUACUAUUUCUUUUAUAAAAAUAAAGUCAAUUCAAUAACAUUUACCACAUCUAUCGUUGCUUUAAACUUUGUGCGAAAGUCGCGAAAAAUCAACAAAUUACGAAAAGCUGUGAUCAAAAUUUAAAAGCUUUUAUCAGAAUUUUUAGAAAAUGUUUACGUACGCAGAUAUAUAGCCUUCAAUUUCAGUUCCAUAAAAUGCAAGUUUGAAGUCUUUGGUUUAAGGUGUAAUGCAUUUUCUUCAACAUAAAAAAAUGCAGACAUACUUUACGUGGAAGAAAAUGCAGAACACCUUCAACCAAAAAAAAUUUCAAAUAAUUAACCGCGAAUUUUAACCAACUUCAAACUUGCACUUUAUGGUACUAAAAUUUAAGGCUAUAUAAAUGCGUAGUAAAAACAUUUUUUAAAAAUUCUGAUAAGUUUUAAAUUUUGAUGAGUUUUUCGUAAUUAGCCGAUUUUUCGCGAAUUCUCCACAAAGUUUGAAGCUACGAUAUAUGUGGUCUAUGUUAUUGAAUUUACUAUAUUU